AUAAUUGAAUCAUCUUUGGGAAAACAAGAGUUGGUUCAGAUAGAUGGAAGUACUGUGUUACAAAAUCAAUUGAUGUGCUUGCUUGAUGAAAAAGAGUGGGUAAACGAUGAUGUGAUCGAUGCAUAUAUAUGUUGUAUAAAGGACCAAAUACAUGUCCAGAAUGACAAUAAAGUAUAUUUUGAGAGUCCUUUUGUCAUCUCACUAUUAAAACGGGAUGGUAACCUUGGCAUACAUCAAAAUAGUGCCUUCAUUACAGAGAUUGUCAAGAAAUAUAUGGAGCAUGACAUGAUUGAACUUCCAAUAAAUACCAGCAACACACAUUGGUAUUUAGCUAUUUUAAAUUCCAAAAAACGUGAGAUUCAAGUACUGGAAUCAUUGUGUUGGAAGUUUGACCGAGAUGAUCUCUCUAUUACGCUACGAGGAAUACAAUUUCAUUUCGACCUUAUUAAAAGUCAAAACUUGAUUAACGAGGAUUGGAAAGACGUUGAUCUUACUGAAUGGAAGAUCACGGAACAAAUUCAAAAGCCGGUUAAAAAAGACAGUUCUUCAUGUAGUUUAUUUAUGGUCAAAUUUUUGGAAUAUUUCACCGGAAGCGCAUUAUCAUACGCAAUUACACAAGUAUACGUCUUUUUGUUUAAUAGAAAGUAUAUCAAUUUUACAUAA